AUGGCCGACGACAGCCAUCCGGCGCAUCUCUCGCCUAGCGAACUAGGCACAAAGGACUACUGGGAAACCUUCUACGCACGCACCCUCUCCCACCUCUCCACAAAACACACCACCACCACCACAAAACCUACCUCUAACCCCAACCCCAACACCUCCGAUGAAGAUGAAGAAUCCGAAGAUGAUAUAGACGACGACUCCGACCCCGGCACAUCGUGGUUCUCGGAACAUAAUGCCCCGGAUAAAGUGCUGCAGUUCCUCACGGAUGAGGAGUUUCCGCUUGCGCCGGUGAACACACUCCCUCCUCCAUCAUCAUCCUCCUCCUCCGAUAAUAAUGAGAAGAAGGAGAAGGAGAAGGAGAAGGAGGAGGGUAGUGACCAGCCAAGUAUCCUCGACCUCGGCACCGGUAACGGGAGCAUGCUGGCCCUACUGAGAAAAAGAGGCGGGUAUAAAGGUGCCAUGGUGGGGAUUGAUUACUCGAUUAGAAGUGUGGAGUUGGCGAGGGAGUUGCAGAGGUUGAGGAUUCAUUCGGCUUAUUUGUCGGAUUCUGAUGAGGAGGAGGAGGGUAAGGGGGAAGGGGAGGGUGGAGAUACGAAUAUUCGGUUUGAGGAGUGGGAUAUUUUGCAUGGGGAUGUGCAUGAUACCGCUUCUUCUUCUUCUGGGGGAAAGGUUGAUUGGUUCCCGUAUGAUAAAGGCGGGUUUGAUAUCGUGCUGGAUAAGGGGACGUUUGAUGCGGUUUCGUUGUCGGAUGAGGUUAUACCUGAUGGGCAGGAUGGUCAUGCGUCCGGGAAGACUAUUCAGAGGAGGGUGUGUGAGAGGUAUCCUGGGAUUGUGAGGGGGUUGGUGCGGAAGGGUGGGUUUGUGGUGGUGACUAGUUGUAAUUGGACGGAGGAGGAACUUGUUGCUUGGUUUACUACUAGUGCUGGUUCUUCUGGUGGUGAUGGUGAGGAGGAUAAGUUGGUGGUUUGGGGACGGGUUGAGUAUCCUCGGUUCAGGUUCGGGGGGAGAGAAGGACAGGGUGUUUGUACGGUGUGUUUUCAGAGGGUAUAA